UUAAAAAAUAAAAAAGGACAAUCCAAAUCCAAAUGAGAAAAGCGGCUAAAACGGUGUCGUGCGAGGCUCAUCUGCAUCGGUUGGUGUACUAGCGCAAGUACGCUUUCAUUUAUCAAUUCAAUGAUCAAAAUAAAUUGCGCCCCAAAUCGAAAAUACCAAAGAAAUUGUUAUACAUAGGAAGAGGUAUGUUUUCCGGAAUUUGUGUACUCGGACCAUGAAAACUUCACUGAAUCAGUAAUCUCACCUCAUAACAGCUUUUCUUUUCCAUAUGGGGUUGCCGGAAACCCUUGAUUUGGCUCGCAUUUUCGCAGUCAUGGUCAGAGUCCAAGGUCCUGAUCCAAAAGGCCUCAAAAUGCGAAAUCACGCGUUUCACCAAUACCACUCCGGCAGGACCACUCUUUCGGCUUCUGGAAUGUUAUUGCCUCAUACCCUUUAUGACUCUGUUGUUGCUGAGCAACUUUGUGGCGAUGGAGAUCGAUUUCCGGUUCUGGUUGUUACCGUUGCGUCUGUUGUCGAGCCAUUUCUUUCGGCUCAGCACAAACAAAAUAACAUAUCCCAGGGCCGGCCCCAGUGUAUUCCUGGUGUUCAGGUUGAUAUUAUGAUAGAGAAAGAAAUAGGGCUGGGAAAUGACUCUAACGAUUUGGAUAGAGAAGCUUCUCGUUGGCAUGCUGCACAGUGUUUAAAAAUAAUUGAUGUUCCUGCAUCUGCCUCGGCACUUCAAUCACUUUUUGAAGCUUCUGUAGGUUCUUUAGAGCAUGGAUGGGAGGUUGGUUGGUCUUUAGCAUCAUUAAAUGAGAGCCGUCAAUCUCUGAAAUAUGUCUCCCAGACACACGUGCACCCAGCAGAGUCAGGAACUUCAAGUCAGUUGGGCAAGUUAACUACUAGAAUGGCCAUUCUAGGAGUUUCUUUAUUUUCCAAUGAUGUGGCAAAGAUCUCGAUAUCACCUUCUAGUAGGAAGGGAGAUUUUAUUCUGGCAGUCGGAUCUCCUUUCGGUGUCCUGUCACCAGUGCACUUCUUUAAUAGUAUAUCAGUAGGAUCAAUUGCCAACUGCUACCCCCCUCGUUCAUCUUCGAGAUCGUUGCUGAUGGCUGACAUACGGUGUCUACCUGGGAUGGAAGGUGGCCCAAUUUUUGAUGGGCAAGCACAAGUCAUUGGUAUCUUGAUCAGACCACUGAGGCAGAAGAUUAGUGGUGCUGAAAUUCAGCUAGUCAUUCCAUGGGAAGCCAUUGCAAGUGCUUGCAGUGACCUGCUGCUGAAGGAGCCUCAUACCGAAAGAAGCAUUUAUUAUGGUGAGGGAAAAUUAGCUGCGGUAGGGAGAGCAUGUAUUGCAAACAGCCAUGGCCCUGAUGGACACGUUACUUACACUCACAAAGAUCUGAGUUCUUGUUGUCCCACUCCUGUUGAGAAGGCAAUGACUUCUGUUUGUCUUAUUACUGUUGAUGAUGGAGUAUGGGCAUCUGGUGUUUUGCUCAACAAUGACGGCCUGAUACUUACAAAUGCUCACCUGUUGGAGCCAUGGCGAUUUGGUAAAAGAACUGCAGAUCCUUUUAUAGGUGGUGAACAUGGGAUGCUUAAUUGGACUUCAUCUUACAGUGGCAGCAGAAACAUUCGUGUACGUCUAGAUCACGUUGACCCUUGGAUUUGGUGCGAUGCUAAAGUAGUAUUUGUGUGCAAAGGUCCUUUGGAUGUUGCCCUACUGCAGCUUGAGUCAAUUCCAAAUGAACUUUGCCCAAUCGUUAUGGAUUUUUCAAGGCCAUCUGUUGGAUCCAAAGCUUUUGUUGUUGGCCAUGGAUUAUUUGGACCUAGAUGUGGCUUCUUUCCAUCAGUUUGUUCUGGUGUGGUAGCAAAAGUGGUUGAAGCAAAACUUCCCCAUUCUUAUCAACAAAGUCAACCGGGAAGUGCACGAGGGAAUUUUCCAGUGAUGCUUGAAACAACAGCUGCUGUUCAUCCUGGUAGCAGUGGUGGUGCUGUCGUAAAUAUGAAUGGUCAUCUGAUUGGACUUGUUACAAGCAAUGCAAGGCAUGGUGGAGGAACAGUUAUUCCACAUCUGAACUUCAGCAUUCCCUGUUCAGCCUUACUACCCAUCUUUAAGUUCUCAGAAGACAUGCAAGAUUCCUCGCUGCUACAAAUUCUUGAUCAACCAAAUGAGGACCUUUCCUUUGUUUGGGCAUUGAUGCCUCCUCUAUCCCCGAAGGUUCCUCCUUUGCCUGCCUUGCCAGUGCCUCUUCUGGUGGACAAGGAGAACAAGAAAGAAGCAAAAGGUUCCCGCUUUGCCAAAUUUAUAGCCGAAAGACAAGAGGUGUUGCAGAAGCCAACUGAACUUGGCGAAAGGGGAAAGCAGUCCAGUGUGAUUGUUCCCAGCAAGUUGUGAGCAUCUAUGUUUUUUUUUUUUUCGUUUUUUUAGACUAAACAUACAUGAUUUCACACAAGAUUCCACUGCACCAUCCGGUGAAUUGCUUUGAUCCAAUGAAGACUUCAUGGUUGAGGUGCUACAGCAGAAAUGAAGUGUGCUAUUUGUUUCAAUUUUAGAAAAAGAAUAAUUACAACUAAAAAUAAAACCUCUCACAAGCCUAUACAACUUGUACAUUUGCCUUCAAAUUAUUAUUUUUAAUAUAGUUUUUUUUUUUA